AUGGCCGUGGCCCAAGAGCUGCAGGAAGUGAUGAUCCGGCACUGGGCACACAAUGGGACAUCUGUGCCGCUCUUCUUUGGGAUGUGGCUGGCGUUGUGGAAAGAACUGGAGAAGCUGAUGAGGAAGCUGCUCCCAUACAGCCACCAAAUACCAACAAGGCUUCUGUACCAGCAGAAGCAGGUCAGAGCAAGGUGGCCGGCGCUGGCUGGGGCUGCUGCACAUGCGGACACUUGGGGGGUUCCUGGCAGCAUCAGGCCCUGUGAUGGAGGCAUUGUCUUCUCCUCACAGCCCGACGGCACCUGUGUUCCAACUGAGAUCGUGCUGAUGGAAAAGGUGGGCUUUGGCUGCCGCAGAAUCAUCCAGCUCCUCGACUGGUUCCAGCUGCCUGACAGCUUCGUGCUGGUGAUGGAGCAUCCGGAGCAAUCUUGGGAUCUCUUGCACAUCCUGCUGGAGCAAGAGUUCCUGAGCGAGGAGGCGGCGUGCUGGCUUUUCUGGCAGGUGCUGGAGGCCGUGUGGCACUGCACCGCCUGCGGUGUCCUGCACCGGGACAUCAAGCCAGAGAACCUCCUCGUCAACCCGGAGACUGGCGAGCUGAAGCUGAUCGACUUCGGUUGUGGCACCUUCCUCCAGGAGCGGGCCUUCACACAGUUUGCCGGUGAGCCCAGAGCGCGGGCCCUGCUCCCAGUGCCAGGCACUGCACAGCCCCAUUCCCUCCUGGGCCGGGGUGCGGCAUUCAGCCGGCUGUUGGAGAUGGUGUGCGGGUUCCUGCCCUUCGAGAACGAGCGUGACACCGUGUUGGGGCAGCUCUUCUUCCCGCAGGAGGUCUCUCCAGAGUGCCAACAUCUGAUCCGCUGGUGUUUGUCCAAGCACCCCAUGGACCGGCCGGUGCUGGAGCAGAUCUUCUACCACCCUUGGGUGUUGGGCGGGCAUUUCUGAUGCCUUGGCGCAGCCUCUGCAGCACCCAGUUCCCGUGUCCCACGCAGGACUGAGGGCCCAGGAAAUAAAACAACCCA